AGCAAGCUGGUCAAGUACUUCAGCCGGCAGCUCUCCUGCAAGAGGAAGGUGGCCCUGCAGGAGCGCAAUGCCAAGCUGGAGGGCUUCCCCCAGCUCCUGCACUGGUUCCGCAUCGUCGACAUCCGCAAGGAGGUGAUGGAGGAAAUAGCCCCCGGGCAGCUGAGCCUGGAGGAGCUGCUGGAGAUGACGGAUGACCAGGUCUGUGAGACGGUGGAGAAGUUUGGGGCCAACAGUGAGGAGUGCGCCCGCCUCAACGCGUCCCUCUCCUGCCUCCGCAGCGUCCACAAGUCUGGCGGCAGCCUCUCCAAGCAGGACUGGACCAUCCAGUGGCCCACGGCGGAGCCGGGCAAGGAGAACCAGCCGGGCUGUCCCCCGGAACCCGCCCCGUGGGGCCGCACGCACCUCUCGGCCAGCCCCAAGCCCCCCGCCAAGUGCGCCCAGCACCACUGCCACGGCCCCCUCUACACGCACGUGGACCGCCUGACUGUGGAGGGCCACCCGGGGCUGUGUCCCCCCGUGGAAUCCGGCCACCGCUCUCUGCCUCCCUCCCCGCGGCAGCGGCACGCCGCGCACACCCCGCCGCGCACCCCCAACAUUGUCACCACCAUGACGCCGCCCGGCACGCCGCCGCUGCGCCGCAGGAACAAGCUGAAGCCCCCCGGCACCCCGCCGCCCGCGUCCCGAAAGCUCAUCCACCUCCUGCCCGGCUUCACCGCCCUGCACCGCAGCAAGUCGCACGAGUUCCAGCUGGGGCACCGCGUGGACGAGGCGCACACCCCCAAAACAAAGAAGAAGAACAAGCCCCUCAACCUCAAGAUCCACAACAGUGUGGGCAGCUGCGAGAACAUCCCAGCGCAGCGCUCGCCACUGCUUUCCGAGCGCUCCCUGCGGUCCUUCUUCGUGGGGUACCCUCCAUUCCUGCCCUCCACGCCUCCUGUCCACACCGAAGCCACCUUCUCCGCAAAUACGCUGUCAGUGCCUCGCUGGUCCCCACAGAUCCCCCGCCGAGACCUGGGCAACUCCAUAAAGCACAGGUUCUCCACCAAGUACUGGAUGUCCCAGACCUGCACCGUCUGUGGGAAAGGAAUGUUGUUUGGCUUAAAGUGCAAAAACUGCAAGCUCAAGUGCCACAACAAAUGCACCAAAGAGGCCCCUCCGUGCCACCUGCUGAUCAUCCACCGCGGAGCACGGUUGGUGAGGACCGAGUCGGUGCCCUGUGACAUCAACAACCCCCUGCGCAAGCCCCCGCGCUAUUCGGACCUGCAUGUCAGCCAGACGCUCCCCAAAACCAACAAGCUCAACAAGGACCACAUUCCAGUGCCCUACCAGCCGGACUCCAGCAGCAACCCCUCCUCCACCACCUCCUCUACGCCAUCCUCGCCGGCCCCACCACUGCCGCCCAGCGCCACACCGCCGUCCCCGCUGCACCCGUCCCCACAGUGCCCACGCCAGCAGAAGCAGUUCAACCUGCCAGCCUCCCAUUACUACAAAUACAAGCAGCAGUUCAUUUUCCCAGAUGUGGUACCCGAGACGCCAACCCGAGCCCCACAGGUGGUUUUGCACCCCGUGACAUCCAACCCUAUCCUGGAAGGAAAUCCAUUACUUCAAAUUGAAGUGGAGCCCACGUCAGAGAACGAGGAAGGCACUGAGGAGGCCCAGGAGUCAGAGGAUGACUUUGAGGAGAUGAACCUCUCACUCCUCUCUGCCCGCAACUUCCCCCGCAAAGCCAGCCAGACCAGCAUCUUCCUGCAGGAGUGGGACAUCCCCUUUGAGCAGCUGGAGAUCGGCGAGCUCAUUGGCAAGGGCCGCUUUGGGCAGGUCUUCCAUGGCCGCUGGCAUGGGGAGGUGGCCAUUCGCCUCAUCGACAUUGAGCGGGACAACGAGGACCAGCUGAAGGCUUUCAAGAGGGAGGUGAUGGCGUACCGGCAGACGCGGCACGAGAACGUGGUGCUCUUCAUGGGAGCCUGCAUGAGCCCCCCCCACCUCGCCAUCAUCACCAGCUUGUGUAAAGGACGGACUCUCUACUCGGUGGUGAGAGAUGCCAAAAUCGUCCUGGAUGUCAACAAGACGAGGCAGAUAGCGCAGGAGAUUGUGAAGGGGAUGGGGUACCUGCAUGCCAAAGGGAUCCUCCACAAAGAUCUCAAGUCCAAAAACGUUUUCUAUGACAAUGGGAAGGUGGUGAUCACGGACUUCGGCCUCUUCAGCAUCUCGGGGGUUCUCCAGGCAGGCAGGAGGGAGAACAAACUGCGGAUCCAGAACGGCUGGCUGUGCCACCUGGCCCCCGAGAUCAUCCGCCAGCUCUCACCUGAUACUGAGGAGGACAAGCUGCCCUUCUCCAAGCACUCGGACGUCUUUGCGCUGGGCACCAUCUGGUAUGAGCUGCACGCACGGGAAUGGCCCUUCAAGACACAGCCGGCAGAGGCGAUAAUAUGGCAGGUUGGGCGAGGGAUGAAGCCCAACCUCAGCCAGAUCGGGAUGGGCAAGGAGAUCUCGGACAUCCUGCUCUUCUGCUGGGCCUACGAGCAGGAGGAGCGACCCACCUUCACCAAGCUCAUGGACAUGCUGGAGAAACUGCCAAAGCGCAACCGUCGCCUUUCCCACCCCGGGCACUUCUGGAAGUCAGCAGAGUAA